CCGUUAUCCUCCAAUUGCGGGUUUGAUCGCGGGUUUGCUCCGGGCGGGUGCAGGCGAUGCACGCUUUAUUUGUGCCCACUGCCAUCCCUAACUCCACGAGCUCCUCGUAGCUGAAGUACCAGGAGGCGAGAGGAAAAUGACGAUGAUAGCGAGGAGAGCUCAAACUGCAAUUUCGGGUUUUUCGGGUUCUUACCGGUUUUCGGGUUAAAGUGAAACCAAAAUCGAUACAGUCCAGCUUCGGGUUGGAAUCGAAAACCCAAACCCAAAUAAGCUUGUUACCGGUUCAAUUUCAGGUUAAACCAAAAACCCGAACCCGCUCUGACGCCCCUAAUUAGGUACUAGAGUUUCGAUGUAUCAGUAUCACCGAAUCUUCAUUAGUUUAAUGCGUUUUAAACUCAAUCACUUCACUCGUCCUCCGUGGCCGCCGGCCCACCCCACGUGACAGACAGAUGAUCCCGGUAUUAGGAUUUGCUGCCGAUCUUGCGGCCUGCGGGAGCAGCCUGCGAUUAUACAAAUUAAAUCAUAGAUUAUAAUCCCUAGAUUGGAUCUUAUUUUUUGUUAAUUGUCCUUUUCUUUUCUUGGCGAAUUCCCUAAUGGAGAGGGAAUUGGUUGAUUAAUAUCAAUUAAUGAAUGAUAAGGAGAGGAGGCCACGAAUAUACACAAGAUUUAAAUGACUUGUCGAUCGCUCAUUAAAUUUGGGCUAAGGAUUAGGUGGCUAAUCACAGCUAACAGCUUGGCACUAGCCCUCUCACACUACCAGCUAUUAAUUAAUUACAAUUCUUCUGGUUUCUUGUAAGACUCUUUCUUUCUUCUAUCUACUUGCUCCUUUCUUCAUUCCCUUCCCCUUUUCCAUGUAUUUUUUAUGAAUUCUUUUCCAUAUUGGACCGUUUCUUGAAUUAGAUAAAAUAGAAAGUUAGCUAUAUUUAUGGACCCUAAGAUGGAUAACUCAUAAUAAUUAAGUAUUGAUUGGUCAACUGUCACCCUUUAAUAUCUCACGGUCUUGUUGUUUGGCUGAUUUUCCCCCUUCUUCUUCCAAUUAAGUUGAGUUUACCCAAAAGUAAAGAAAGAAAGAAGAAUUUGAAUCCUUUGAGAGUCUUCAUGCUUAAAUAAAUUUGUUUGGUACGCUAAAAUAUUUUGUUUGUAGCAAUUGAGAUAGAUCAAAUGCAAUUCUUCAAAAGAAAGAUAAUGUUUUAGGAACUCGUAACAUUUAACUAGUCAAUCAUGUUACUACCACAACAAUGCUAUUAUCGUCAUCAUAUUGCUAAACUACAAGUUUAUUGGUCGGACGACCAUGCAAACUUUUAAGUGAACACUCUUGACCAAAAAGAGUGUUACCACUUACCACCCAAAAGAAAAUUUAAAAGACAAGGGCAUCACAUUCAUCUUGUUUCCCAGGCCCAAUCCAGUGCCCAUUUUAGGGCCAGUUGACAAUUGGGCUCUUAAAUGAAUGGGCCUCACCGCCAACGAACAACGGUGGUGCUGCUACCGCUUUUAUCUCCUCAAAAGAAUCCCACCCAGCGCGGCACAAAACAAAAGAUCCUCCUGACGCGACUAGUCUUCUCCAUUACUUACACUGAACCUCCAUAUCUAUCACUGAUGAAGAUAACUCAACGGCCUUGAAAGCUCCCCGCCAUCUCUCUCCGAGCCGGUAACCGUCGGAGAAGAAGAAGAAGAAGAGCGAACGGAAGCCAGUCCCACAAAACGGCGGCGUAGUUUCUUGAAACUUGCGUAGUAUACAGGCAGAUUGAGCCAGCAGGAGCAGUAAUGACCACGGUUUCGCUAUCUAAACCACCGCCGUGCCUCUACAGCCACUCGAACCCUAUCCGGUUGUUUUCGCCGCCGGUGAUUCUGUCUUUCUCAUUUCACCGCACGAUUCCCAGGGUUUGUUGCGCGCUGAAGACGGAAUCGGAAGGGUCGAAUUUGUUGAGGAAGCCAGUUUCCCCUGCGGCGAGGGAAUUGGGCGGAAUUUCGGAGCAAGAGGAUGACGACGCCGUUGAGGCGAAGUACAGGAAGGAAAGCGAUGAAGAAAGCGUGGGGGAGGAGGAGGAAGACGAUUGGGUGGAUUGGGAGGACCAGAUUUUGGAGGACACGGUUCCGCUUGUUGGGUUCGUGCGAAUGAUCCUGCAUUCUGGCAAAUAUGAAAUUGGGGAAAGGUUAAGUCCGGAUCAUGAGAGGACUAUUGUGGAUAGGUUGCUUCCGUAUCAUCCUGAAUGUGAGAAGAAGAUUGGGUCUGGGAUUGAUUAUAUCACGGUCGGGUAUCAUCCAGAUUUCACAAGCUCUCGGUGUCUGUUCAUAAUCCGCAAAGACGGACAGUCAGUUGACUUCUCGUACUGGAAAUGCAUUAAGGGCCUAAUCAGGAAAAACUACCCACUCUAUGCUGACACUUUCAUCCUCAGGCACUUCCGACGACGGAGGCGGAAUUGAUUGGAUCUCUCGAGCUAGUUUGAGCAGAGAGACCCCGACCACCCUGUAUAAUCAGAAUCUGCUGAAAGAUUUGUGUUGUUCAUUUUUCUUUGCUUUAUAAAUAUGUAUGAUUUUGUAUCUGAAAUUGGUUAGGAACUGAAGUUUUGAUUAUCGAAUCGAAAAGGGAUCUAUGCCUCUAUCAAGUCUUGGAGAGGCUCCAGCUUCCAGGUGUAAAUUCGUUUUGUCUCUGAAGCGGAUUGCGGGCCGGGCCGACAUCCGAAUUGGAUUCGUAUGUUCUUGACUUCUUGUAGCUUUAGACGCCAAUUUCUUUGGUUUAAGGCUUUCAGCCAAAUUUUGAGGAAAACGGCCCGUGAAAUUCAGAAAGGUAAUUGCCGACUAUGCGAUGAAUUGGGUUAAAGGAUUUGGGCUGACAGUUUUCUGUUUCACGCAUCAGCAGUACGUCAAAUUGGCUCGCAUGAGGGAGGGUAGCAGGGUUGUCACGCCAGCCGGCGUGCCACCGGUUGAACUUGGUUCAACCGAUAAUCGAUCGUAAAACCGGCGUGACACCAUCGGUAUGACCGGCAUGAUCGAUAUACGAAUCUCUAAGUAAAAUGGUCUUAUUUUAGUGAGUUUAAUUUAUAAAAAUAAUUUUAUUAUUUAUUUUAUGAGUAUAAAAGUUAAAUAUUGAUAUUAUUUGUUGGAUUUAAGUAUAAAUGUCUAAGUAUUGAAGUUAAAUGUCAUGUUUAAAUAUGAGUAUUUAUAAUUUUAUUUGUAAUAUUGACCGGCAUGAACCGGUAUAAAUCGGUAUGUGCCAUCGGUCGAACCAUUCCACUUGCUAAACCGGCACACUGGCAUAAACCGGUUUGACAAGGGUAGUCUAGAGAGAGAGAGCAGUGAGUUUUUGGACUUUAGUGUGUCUUCAUAACGAAGUUGACAAAAUAAGCGAGCCAAUCCUUAUCAUUGGAACAUUUCUCAAAAUACAAGGGUCUUGAGUAAAAAAAUUCUCACAAUAUCAUACUUUGCAAAAUAUUUUUCAAGAUACUAAAGUUUGGAGUAGUUUAUUCUAGUGUCAAGCAAACCAGAUAGUGUUUCGCCUGAUACUGAAGUGAUCCGCACUCGAAAGGUUUGGAUUGCGACAAAGAUAAGAGAACAAAUUCUCAAAACAACACAUAUUGUGGCAAACAUCAGCAGUGAACAAUACCUGAUCGUUGAUGACCCUAACGAUCUACACCUAACCUAAUUCGAAACUUGAAACGGUCAUAACGUUGUUGCUCCAUUAUCCGAUUAUAACAAAACACAAUGUUUACGACCAUUUUGAGGUUUGACCUAAAUUAGAUGUGGAUCGCUUGGGGUUUCUAGCCAACUUGGAGUGCUUCUUUUAGCUGCGAUUCAUAAGCAAUUAUUUCAGAAUUUUUGUAGUAUUGUUUUGUUGGGGGCGUGUAAUAGAAUAGUGGUGACUGACUGGUGGGUGAACCCUAUUGGCAAACAGAAACCAUGGAUUGGUCCAUGUUGGUGGUGACCUGACCUGAAUAAGUAGUUGGAGAGAGUUGAGUGAGUGGCCGUAGAAACGGACGUUAGCAAAUGCUCCAACUCCACCACGUUAGCAAAUGCCAGCCAAGUGUCCCAUAAUGAUUCGGUUGACGGCCGACAAAUAAAUUGCAGAAACAGUGGCAGUUAAUUAUUAUAUAUCAACGCAGGCUUGGUUGGUUCCCUUUUUUUUUUUUUCUUUCUGUUUUAAGGCAUGUUUGUUUUUUUGCCAUUUAAGGCUAUGUUGCUUCGUCGGACACGUAUAACAGCAACCCACUACUAGCAACGAUGAUGAUUUUAGAAGUGAGAACACUCAAAACAUUGGUAGUGCCCUGAAUGAAUGAAUAAAAAAUGCCCUCGUAGAAAGAAAGACUAUUCGUUACUCAUGAUGAUCACGACUAAGGGGUUGUUUGGAGGAUGAUCAUCCCCUUGGUAAGUUAUUAAAAUUGUAAUUAAACACUAUAAUAAAAAUAGGAUUAUAGG